AUGAAUAACUUAACAAGAUUAAUGGCCAGUUGUGCUUUACAAACACCAAAGACUUCUUUAAUAACAAAAACCUCCGCCUGGUCGGCCUUACAGUUGAGAACUAAAACCAAAAUUGUGGAAAAACCUAAACCAGGUGGCGGCAGACAAUUUAGACGUAUUGUACAUUUUAAAGAUGAAUACACAAUUGAGCCCUUAAAAAUAACCCAUCUGGCCGGUAGAGAUCCUGUGACAGGACGUGUGGUAGCCAAGGGUAUUGGUGGAGGUAUUAAGCAAAAAUAUCAUUGGAUUAAAUGGGUACGUGAUGGCCCUGUGGAGGGACCGGCUCAGGAGGAAAAAGUUUUGGAAAUUUUAGAUGAUGGCUGUCGUACAGCCAAAAUAGCUUUAGUGGGUGUGGGCGAUGAAUUGAAAUAUAUAUUGGCCAGUGAAAAUAUGAAACCUGGCGAUAUUAUCAAAACUUCCAGAUUUAUACCCAGAAUACCAGUUAGACCCAAUGAGGGAGAUGCUUAUCCCUUAGGAGCUUUGCCAGUGGGCACUAGAAUACAUAAUUUGGAAAAGAAUCCCGGUUAUCCCUGUCAUAUGAUACAUGCGGCUGGUACGUUUGGUACUAUUUUGCGUAAAUUCGAUGAUAAGGUGGUGGUGCAAUUACCCUCCAAAAGAGAAUUUGCUUUUGAUAAAACUUGCAUGGCUACCGUGGGACGUGUUAGUAACAUAGAACAUAAUAAGCAACAUAUAGGCUCUGCUCAACGCAUGCGUGAAUUGGGUAAUCGUCCUCGUUCUGGUUUAUGGCAACGUAAAGAUGGUCGUUUUGGUCGUAAGAUACGCAAACUUCCACCUAUGACUUCAGUGCCACCACCACCUGGCAAACCUGCUGAAAUUAUAAAACUUACUUUACCUUUGUAAAAUAUUUUAAAGAAAUUUUAUUAAAAUUUAAAAUGUUAUGUAUUAAAAAAAA